AUGGCUAAUUUAGCAGGUCCAGGAAGCAUUAAAAUGAAUAAUGAAGUGGAAUCAAAAAAAAUACAUAAUGCUUUAUCUGCAAUCGCUAAAGAAAUGCAAUCAUAUCAAAAUUCUGAAAGAAACGAUUCAAGCGAAGAUUACACGAUGCACGAAAAUAUAUUUCACAACCUAUUGAAAUACAAAACAACUUUGAAAUCAAAGAAUAAGACCAUAAAAAGUCUUAAAAAUAAAUUUAACACCACUAAUACUAAUACAGCCAUGAUUAUGAGAGAAGAAAACAGUGCUUUAAGCACAAGAAACCUAUAUACCACUAAAAGUGAAUGCGCUGAUGUUCGUCAAAAACAAAUUGAUACCAAUGACACUAUAGAUUUAUUGUUGAAGGAAAAUAAAAAUAUGAGUAAUGAAUUAGAAAACUUAGCGAAUUUCAUUGAGCUCUGUUAUAAAGAAUUGCAAACUAUUAGAAACGAAAAUUUCAAUGAUCCCUCGGUUAUUCAACAACUAAAGAAAAUCAUAAUAUGCUGUGGCCAAUAUUAUGCAGAUUCUCAGAACGAACGGAAAAAAAACAAACAACUCGAGCAAAAACAUUGUUUUUUGAAAAACAAACUCAGUAUAUUAGAUAAAAAUUUAGAAGCUGUUAGCGAAGAAGUUAAAUGUCUUCGACUUCACAAUAUGAGGUUGCAAAAUGAAAAUAGUAUCCUCAAAGACAAGAUGAAUAAAAUUAAUAACGUUAAUACUGAACGUCGAAGCAAGUCUGAGCAUCGAAUUCGCGAUAAAAGUGAGAAUAUUAAAAAUUCAACAAACAGUAUUUAUUUAUCACCCUGCUGCUUUGAUUUGAAGCCUCAUUUGAAGAUCGUGAGGAAGUUGCUGAACGAUCAAAAUGAAUUAAUUAAAGAUUUUAAAGCUAUGUCCGAUAUGUUCGUCGCUUAA